AUGGAAAUUCCAAAUCAAGAAGUGGAGAUUCCAAUUCCAAUUAACAGCACAUAUGGUGGGGGACAUGGUCAUGGCCAUGGCCAUGGACAUGGGCACAUGAUCCAUCAUGACUCUGCAGCGCACAAUCAUAUUAUACCUGCACCUUCAGCAUCCCCACAAAUGCCCUCAAAUGGCCCCAUAUCCUCCACACUUGAGGACCAUGUGCCCUACAAGAAAAUGGUGAGGUACAGAGAGUGCCUUAAGAACCAUGCAGCUUCCAUGGGUGGUAAUGCCACUGAUGGCUGUGGAGAAUUCAUGCCUAGCGGAGAAGAAGGCACUUUAGAAGCCUUAACUUGCUCAGCCUGCAACUGCCAUAGAAACUUCCACAGAAAAGAAGUUGAAGGGGAGCCCUCUCCUUGUGAUUUCUACCAAAAUCCAAGAAUGGGGAGGAAAUAUUUCGUAGGACACCAUAAAGGAAUUUUGGGGCCUGAUGCAUUGGGGUACCAUACUGGGACACUGAUUUCCUCUAGGACAGUGGCACCACAUCAGAUGAUAAUGUCCUACAACAUGGGGUCACUGCCUUCAGAGUCAGAUGAGCAGGAGGAGGGUGGCGGCGGAGGUGGUGGGGUUGUGGCCCGGCCACCUCAGCUGCUGAAGAAGAGGUUCAGAACAAAGUUCACUCAAGAACAAAAGGAGAAAAUGCUCAACUUUGCUGAGAAAGUUGGAUGGAAAAUACAAAAACAAGAAGAAGCUGUGGUGCAACAAUUCUGUCAAGAAGUUGGGGUCAAAAGAAGAGUACUAAAAGUUUGGAUGCACAACAACAAGCACAAUCUUGCCAAGAAGAGCCUACAAUCCAAUGCUCAAAGCCCAGUUUAA